AUGACUGACCUCCAGCUGGACUUCACGUCACUGAUGACAAACCUUUGGUUCCUGCAGUCCAGCAAGUUUUCAGCUUAUGGCAUUGUAUGGAAAGCAAUCGAUCGCAGGACAGGAGAAAUAGUUGCCGUUAAAAAGAUUUUUGAUGCUUUCAGGAACAGAACAGAUGCUCAGAGAACAUUUCGAGAGAUUAUGUUCCUGCAGGAAUUUGGAGAACAUCCAAAUAUCAUCAAGCUGCUUGAUGUUAUCCAAGCUCAGAAUGACAAGGACAUCUACCUCAUCUUUGAGUCCAUGGAGACAGAUUUACAUGCUGUGAUUAAGAAAGGGAAUUUGCUGAAAGAUAUCCACAAAUGUUACAUUCUCUACCAAAUCCUGAAGGCAACUAAAUUCAUCCACUCAGGAAAUGUCAUUCACAGAGAUCAAAAGCCUUCAAAUAUCUUGCUGGAUGAAGACUGCUUUGUUAAACUUUGUGAUUUUGGGCUGGCCCGUUCUUUAUGUCAGAUGAAUGAGGACCAAGGCAACCCUGCUCUAACAGAAUAUGUGGCAACACGCUGGUACCGAGCCCCCGAGAUCUUACUUUCCUCUCAGAGUUACACUAAAGGUGUAGACAUGUGGAGCAUCGGCUGUAUUCUAGGAGAACUGCUACUUGGGAAACCUCUUUUUCCUGGAACAUCAACAAUGAAUCAAAUAGAGCAGAUCUUGAGGGUCAUUCCUGCCCCAUCCCCAGAAGAUAUUUUGGCUGUGCAAUCAGAUUACAGGGCCUCAGUUAUUAACCACAUGAGUUCCGGGCAGCGAGUAACAUUUGAGGAGAUUUUACCAUCCUCUACUCCAUUGCCUGCCUUGGAUCUUCUGAAGAAACUUUUAGUAUUUAACCCUGAUAAACGACUCACAGCAGAGGAGGCUCUGCAGCAUCCUUAUGUGAAAAGGUUUCACUGUCCUGCCAGGGAGCCCUCUCUGGAAUAUGAUGUGAUUCUUCCUUUAGGUGAUGAAAUCCAGCUGUCUGUGGCAGAAUAUAGAAAUAAGUUAUAUGAGAUGAUACUUGAAAAGAAAUUAAAUAGCCAUCCAAAGGAGCAAGUGCGGAGAGAAGACAUUCAACUAAGUCAGUCUGAAUCCAGGCCACUUCUUCCAAAUUCCAGUUCAGUGACUUUACCUACCAGGAAAGGCCAGAGAGAACCAACAUCACCUCUUCUAAAAACUUCGCAUGUGUGUGCUGGAACUACAACUAGUGUCCAGCCAGAAGUAUCCAGGCAGAGGGAAGAUUUAGCAAGAACUUCAUGUCACAGAUCAAAGAUCAAUGUGAUAUACAAUCCCAUAACACACACUGCUGUGCAAAGUAAUGCAAAUUCUGGUGUUGUGAUCAGGAACUGUUCUGCACCACCUUCUCAACAGGCCAGAAUCUCCUACAGUGGGAAACUGGGGAGACAAAUCACAUGGGCAAAUGCAAAUGCUCGGCUACCUCCUACAAGUGUACAGAACCUUUAUAAUAAUCCAAGAAAUACUCAGUUUCACAGCAAAGAUGUUAGUCCCCUUCUGAAGUCCAGUAAAAAGAUGUUCCAGAUUACUGCAAAUAUGGGAGCUGCUGGUGAUCCAAAAGCAUCAAUGGGCAGUUACUCUCAGGCCUAUGGAACCAUAUGUAAAUCUGCACUGCAGAGUCUUCCAAUAUCAAAGUCCUCCCAACAACAUGAGCAGUGA